CCAGGCGUAACCCGCCGCAGCGUCACAUCACCCCACUCUCUGCUGUUAGCGUCUGAUGGAGCUGUGACCUCAUCGGGAUGUGACUUUCCUCCUCCUCGGCACUGGGAUCGGAGAUGUCUGACAGACCCAGUUAAUUCCUCAGACCCUUGGACUCAACUGUGUCAGGAUUACGUGUCGGUUCAUCUCCACCGUUUUUGCAGCCUGUUCCUGUCGCCCAGCCAUGGCACAGCAGAACAGUGCUGCCAAGAAGAACCCGGCUGUAGCGGCGCUGCACUCGCACUUCAUCGUGGGGUCGGUGUCGGAGGAGAACUCGGAGGAUGAGGUCCAAGGGAAGCUGGACCUGCAGCUGGAGGAGAAGGAGCCGCGCUCGUUGUCGCCGUCCUCCGGGAGCUCGGACAGCACUUGUGAUAUGGGCUUCGACCACAUUGAUGGCCCCGUGAACAAUCUGAGUAUUUCCAUACACAGACCAAGCAUGUCAGGGCUGCACCUUGUGAAGCAAGGCAGAGAUCGCCGGCGUAUUGAUCUGCAGAGGGACUUCACCGUGGCUUCCCCCGCUGAAUUUGUCACCCGAUUCGGCGGCAACAAGGUCAUCGAGAAGGUGCUUAUCGCCAACAAUGGCAUCGCAGCAGUCAAAUGCAUGCGCUCCAUCCGCCGCUGGGCCUACGAGAUGUUUCGCAAUGAAAGGGCGAUCCGCUUUGUUGUCAUGGUGACCCCAGAGGACCUGAAGGCCAAUGCAGAGUACAUCAAAAUGGCAGAUCAUUACGUACCGGUGCCCGGAGGGACUAACAACAACAACUACGCCAACGUGGAGCUCAUUCUGGACAUUGCAAAACGCAUACCUGUACAGGCUGUGUGGGCUGGUUGGGGUCAUGCAUCAGAGAACCCCAAACUCCCAGAGCUGCUGCACAAGAAUGGCAUCGCUUUCAUGGGUCCCCCAAGUCAGGCUAUGUGGGCUUUAGGAGACAAGAUUGCCUCCUCUAUCGUCGCUCAGACGGCUGGCAUUCCAACCCUGCCCUGGAGUGGAACAGGCCUGACAGUAGAAUGGACAGAGUCGGACCAAAAGAAGAAGACCAUCAAUGUUCCUCUAGACGUGUAUGAGCUUGGCUGCAUCGAAGAUGUAGAGGAUGGCCUGAUAGCUGCUGAGAAGGUCGGCUACCCUCUGAUGGUGAAGGCCUCAGAAGGCGGUGGAGGAAAAGGAAUCCGUAAAGUCAAUACUGCUGAUGAUUUCUCCAACCUCUUCAGACAGGUCCAGGCAGAAGUCCCAGGAUCGCCCAUAUUCGUCAUGCAGCUAGCCAAGCAUGCCCGCCACUUGGAGGUCCAGAUCUUGGCUGAUCAGUAUGGCAACGCCAUUUCACUGUUUGGUAGAGACUGUUCUGUGCAGCGACGACACCAGAAAAUCAUAGAGGAAGCUCCUGCUACCAUCGCCACUUCUGAUGUGUUUGAGGAUAUGGAAAAUUGUGCUGUGAAGCUGGCUAAGAUGGUGGGUUACGUCAGUGCAGGUACAGUGGAGUACCUCUACAGCCAGGACGGCAGCUUCUACUUCCUGGAGCUCAACCCUCGUCUGCAGGUGGAACACCCCUGUACUGAGAUGGUCGCUGAUGUUAACUUGCCUUCCGCUCAACUGCAGAUUGCCAUGGGUAUUCCUCUUCACCGGAUCAAAGACAUCAGGAUGCUUUAUGGGGUCCAGCCCUGGGGAGACAGUCUCAUUGACUUUGAGGGUCUAUCCAAUGCCCCCUCCCCACGGGGCCAUGUCAUUGCAGCACGUAUCACUAGUGAAAACCCUGACGAGGGUUUCAAGCCGAGCUCCGGAACGGUGCAAGAGCUGAAUUUCCGCAGCAAUAAGAACGUGUGGGGCUACUUCAGUGUAGCGGCUGCCGGGGGUCUGCACGAGUUUGCUGACUCCCAGUUUGGACACUGCUUCUCCUGGGGGGAGAAUCGUGAAGAAGCCAUCUCCAAUAUGGUGGUGGCUCUGAAGGAGUUGUCGAUCAGAGGCGACUUCAGGACCACAGUGGAAUACCUCAUUAAGCUUCUGGAGACAGAAAGCUUCCAGCACAACACCAUUGACACUGGCUGGCUGGAUAGGCUCAUCUCAGAGAAGAUGCAGGCGGAGCGCCCUGACACCAUGCUGGGAAUCGUGAGUGGAGCUCUUCAUGUGGCAGAUGUAAAUCUGAGGAACAGCGUGUCCAAUUUCCUACAUUCUCUUGAAAGGGGCCAGGUGCUGCCAGCACACACGCUACUCAAUACUGUGGAUGUGGAGCUGAUAUAUGAAGGCCUGAAGUAUGUCCUGACAGUGACACGCCAGUCUCCCAACUCCUACGUGGUCAUCAUGAACGCCACCUCAGCUGAGGUUGACGUUCAUCGGCUCAGUGAUGGAGGUCUUUUGCUGUCGUAUGAUGGCAGCAGCUACACUACCUACAUGAAGGAGGAGGUUGACAGGUAUCGCAUCACAAUUGGGAAUAAGACUUGCGUUUUUGAAAAGGAGAACGAUCCUUCGCUGCUGCGUUCUCCAUCAGCAGGAAAAAUCAUUCAGUACACAGUUGAGGACGGCGGACACGUCUUCUCUGGCCAGUGCUAUGUUGAGAUAGAGGUGAUGAAGAUGGUGAUGACUCUCACAGCUGCAGAGUCUGGUUGUAUCCACUACGUGAAGAGAGCUGGAGCAGCACUGGAGCCCGGCUGUGUCAUUGCCAAGCUGCAGCUGGAUGACCCGAGCAGAGUGCAACAGGCAGAGCUGCACACAGGGGACCUGCCUGCUAUCCAGGCAGUAGCUCUGAGAGGGGAGAAGCUGCACAGAGUCUUCCACAACACACUUGAUCACCUUGUCCACAUCAUGAAUGGCUACUGUCUUCCUGAGCCUUUCUUCAGCAUUAAGUUGAAAGAAUGGGUGGAAAGGCUGAUGAAAACCAUGCGUGAUCCCUCUCUGCCGCUGCUGGAGCUUCAAGACAUCAUGACCAGUGUGUCAGGUCGCAUCCCGCCUGCUGUGGAGAAGGCCAUCAAGAAGGAGAUGGCUCAGUAUGCCAGCAACAUCACCUCUGUGCUCUGCCAGUUCCCCAGCCAGCAGAUUGCAAACAUCCUAGACAGCCACGCUGCUACUCUUAACAAGAAGUCGGAGAGAGAAGUCUUCUUCAUGAACACUCAAAGCAUUGUUCAGCUGGUACAGAAGUAUCGCAGUGGUAUCCGAGGACACAUGAAGGCGGUGGUGAUGGACCUGCUCAGGCAAUACCUGAAAGUAGAGAUCGAGUUUCAGAAUGGACACUAUGACAAAUGUGUGUUUGCUCUGCGUGAGGAAAACAAAGGCGACAUGGCCAAUGUGCUUAACUACAUCUUCUCCCAUGCCCAAGUCACCAAGAAGAACCUGCUGGUUACAAUGCUGAUUGACCAGUUGUGUGGCCGUGAUCCCACACUGACAGAUGAACUGAUGGCCAUCUUGACCGAACUCACCCAGCUCAGCAAGACAACCAAUGCCAAGGUGGCACUGCGUGCUCGGCAGGUACUAAUAGCUUCCCACCUUCCCUCUUAUGAGCUACGACACAACCAGGUGGAGUCCAUCUUCCUCUCCGCCAUUGAUAUGUACGGACACCAAUUCUGCAUCGAGAACCUGCAGAAACUGAUCCUCUCAGAGACAUCCAUCUUUGAUGUUCUGCCCAACUUCUUCUACCACAGUAAUCAGGUGGUCAGGAUGGCUGCCCUGGAGGUUUACGUGCGCAGAGCGUACAUCGCCUACGAGCUCAAUAGCGUCCAGCAUCGACAGCUGAGGGACAACACAUGUAUAGUAGAGUUCCAGUUCAUGCUGCCUACAUCGCAUCCUAACAGAGGGAACAUCCCCACUCUAAACAGGAAAUUUUCUGCUCCAAUCCUGGACAUUGUAAAAGCCAUGGAAACUAAAUUAGAGGAAACUAAACCCCAGGACCUUAAAGCACAGGAUAGUAAAUCUAAGGAUGAUGAUGCUGAGGGGAAAAAAGCCUCAGAAUCGGAAACUGUGGAAAGGAUGUCGUUCUCAUCCAACCUGAACCACUACGGAAUGGUGCAUGUAGCCAGCGUGAGUGAUGUUCUGCUUGACCACUCCUUUACACCACCUUGUCAGCGCAUGGGAGCCAUGGUCGCUUUCCGCUCCUUCCAGGAGUUCACCAGGAACGUAACAGACGUGCUUAGCUGCUUCUCUGACUCUCCUCCCUCAAGUCCAACUUUCCAAGAGGGAGGUAAUCCUGUCCUGUAUGGCGAAGAGGAAACCAAGAAUGUCCAGGAUGAACCAAUCCAUAUCCUGAAUGUGGCGAUAAAGACAGACAGUGACAUAGAUGAUGACGGCCUGGCAGCCAUCUUCCGGGACUUCACUCACUCAAAGAAAUCCCUGCUGUUUGAACAUGGCAUCAGACGGCUGACUUUCCUUGUUGCUCAGAAGGAUUUCAGGAAGCAAGUCAACUGUGAGGUGGACCAAAGGUUUCAUAGAGAAUUCCCCAAAUUUUUCACAUUCCGUGCCAGAGACAAGUUUGAAGAGGACAGGAUCUACCGUCAUUUGGAGCCUGCGCUAGCUUUCCAGUUGGAGCUCAACCGCAUGCGCAAUUUUGCCUUAACUGCCAUCCCGUGUGCCAACCACAAGAUGCACCUGUACCUGGGUGCAGCCCGCGUGGAGGUGGGCACAGAGGUUACGGACUACCGUUUCUUUGUACGAGCCAUUAUCCGCCACUCUGAUCUGGUUACAAAGGAGGCCUCGUUUGAGUAUCUCCACAAUGAGGCAGAGCGUCUGCUGCUGGAGGCCAUGGAUGAGCUGGAGGUGGCGUUCAACAACACAACAGUGCGAACUGACUGUAAUCAUAUCUUCCUCAACUUUGUCCCCACAGUCAUCAUGGACCCAUCAAAGGUUUGUGGGGGGAAAAAAAACAUACACAUACACUCUCAUACAUCUCUCAUUUUUAUUGAUCUAAUCAUCCUCUGCAAUCUACAGAUUGAAGAGUCUGUCCGCUCCAUGGUCAUGCGUUACGGCAGCCGCCUGUGGAAGCUGCGCGUCCUGCAGGCCGAGCUGAAAAUCAACAUCCGCCUAACACCGACAGGAAAGCAAAUCCCCAUCCGCCUCUUUCUCACCAACGAAUCAGGCUACUACCUGGACAUCAGCCUUUACAAGGAGGUCACUGAUUCCCGAACGGGACAGGUGGGGCCCAAAGACCGACAGAUCAUGUUCCAAGCCUACGGGGACAAGCAGGGUCCACUGCACGGCAUGCUCAUCAACACACCCUACGUCACCAAGGACCUGCUGCAGUCCAAGCGCUUCCAAGCACAAUCUCUGGGCACCACCUACGUCUACGACUUCCCAGAAAUGUUCCGACAGGCUCUGAAAAAGCUGUGGCAUUCAAGUCAGGCCUUUGCCUACUUACCCAAGUGCCCUCUUCCCUCUGAGCUGCUCACCUUCACUGAGCUGGUUCUAGACGCCCAAGGUCAACUGGUGCAGAUGAACCGACUGCCAGGAGGCAACGAGAUUGGUAUGGUGGCUUGGCGGAUGACCCUGCGAACUCCAGAGUAUCCAGCGGGACGUGAGAUCAUCGUUAUUAGCAAUGACAUCACGCACAAGAUCGGCUCAUUCGGGCCCCAGGAGGACAUUUUGUUCCUGCGAGCCUCCGAAAUGGCCAGAGAGAGCGGAAUCCCUCGAAUCUACAUCGCGGCCAACAGCGGCGCCCGCAUCGGGCUGGCAGAGGAAAUAAGACACAUGUUCCAUGUGGCGUGGCAAGAUCCAGCAGACCCGUAUAAGGGUUUCAAGUAUCUCUACCUCACACCUCAGGAUUACAAGAAGGUCUCAGCCCUGAACUCGGUGCACUGUGAACAUGUGGAGGAUGAGGGAGAAUCCAGGUACAAGAUCACUGACAUCAUUGGAAAGGAUGAAGGACUGGGUGUGGAGAACCUGAGAGGGUCUGGGAUGAUAGCUGGAGAAUCCUCUCUGGCUUAUGACGAGAUCAUUACCAUGAACCUGGUCACAUGUCGAGCCAUUGGAAUCGGGGCCUAUCUGGUCAGGCUUGGACAGCGAACCAUCCAAGUGGACAACUCUCAUAUUAUUCUUACUGGAGCUGGAGCUCUCAACAAGGUGCUGGGCAGAGAAGUGUACACGUCGAACAACCAGCUCGGUGGAAUUCAGAUCAUGCACAACAAUGGUGUGACCCACUCUACGGUUUGUGAUGACUUUGAAGGAGUCGUCAAUAUUCUGGAAUGGCUCGCCUACAUGCCCAAGUGUACUUCCAGUCCAGUGCCCAUCCUCAGUGCCAAGGAUCCCAUAGAUCGGCCAGUAGAGUUUGUUCCAACCAAAGCUCCGUAUGACCCUCGCUGGAUGUUGGCAGGACGUCCCAGCCAGACUCCAAAGGGUUCGUGGCAGAGUGGCUUCUUUGACCACGGCUCCUUCAUGGAGAUUAUGCAGCCGUGGGCUCAGAGUGUCGUGGUCGGCAGAGCCAGACUGGGUGGGAUACCCACCGGAGUGGUUGCUGUGGAAACCAGGUCCGUGGAGCUGUCGAUCCCAGCUGAUCCAGCCAAUCUGGACUCAGAGGCGAAGAUCAUCCAACAAGCAGGACAGGUGUGGUUCCCAGAUUCUGCUUUCAAAACUGCCCAGGCCAUUAAGGACCUGAACCGAGAAGGCCUACCUCUCAUGGUGUUUGCCAACUGGAGGGGCUUUUCUGGAGGAAUGAAAGAUAUGUACGACCAGGUGUUGAAGUUCGGCGCCUACAUUGUGGACGGGCUGAGGGAAUACAGGCAGCCGGUACUGGUUUAUAUUCCCCCGCAGGCUGAGCUGAGGGGAGGCUCCUGGGUGGUGAUAGAUCCCACCAUCAACCCUCGUCACAUGGAGAUGUACGCCGACAAGGACAGCCGCGGUGGAGUGUUGGAGCCUGAAGGAACAGUGGAGAUCAAGUUUAGGAGGAAGGACUUGGUGAAGACCAUGAGAAGAGUCGAUCCGGUCUACCUGAGUUUGGCAGAACGACUGGGAACCCCAGAGCUGAGCCCCCCUGAUCGUAAAGAGCUGGAGACCCAGCUGAAGGAGCGUGAAGAGUUCCUGCUGCCCAUCUACCACCAGGUGGCUGUGCAGUUUGCAGACCUCCAUGACACCCCAGGUCGCAUGCAAGAGAAGGGCGUCAUCACGGAUAUCCUGGAGUGGCAAACGUCCCGUCAGUUCUUCUACUGGCGUCUGCGGCGUCUGCUGCUAGAGGACACGGUGAAGAGGAAGAUCCAGGCCGCCAACAGCGAGCUGACAGACGGCCAGAUCCAGGCCAUGCUGCGCCGCUGGUUUGUGGAGGCCGAGGGGGCCGUCAAGGCCUAUCUGUGGGAUAACAACGAAGAGGUGGUGGGAUGGCUGGAGAGGCAUUUAGCCGAAGAGGAGGGGGCCAGGUCUGUCAUCGACGAGAACAUCAAGUACAUCCGCCGCGAUCACAUCCUCAAACAGAUUCGCAGCCUGGUUCAAGCCAACCCAGAGGUCGCCAUGGAUUCCAUCGUGCACAUGACCCAGCACAUCUCACCCACGCAGAGAGCAGAGGUGGUGCGAAUCCUGUCCACCAUGGAGACGUCGUCCUCCUCCUCCUCCUAGUCGGGAGCCUGGCCUCUCCUCCCUUCUCUCGCCCGUCUGAAUCACGGCUCGGGCCACGACCACAGCCAAACAGGGGGAAAAAAGAAAAGAGCCUGGCUCGGCCGCUGCUGCUCCUGACUGAGGCCUGCACUCAACCCUGUGGCUGGAGGAGCCGACGAGAUGGCCUUCGCUGCCGCCAGGUCACUAAUGAAGCGUUGGAGAUUGAUCUGACUAAAUAAAAGACGACUGACAUCAUUGGUAACAUUUUUUAGAUUGUCUUACGCGUAUGGUGGUGUGUAGAUGAAUCCAUGUAUUUUGUAUUUUAAGUGCAAUUGAAAGAUGACCUAAAAAAAAUAUCUAGAGACUAAUAUAACACUUACGGAGUUUACAAAGUCGGCUCUAAUGGAUGUUUAUGCUUCCAUGAUAAUCAGUGGCCUCCAUCUUUUUGAACAGGAGCGAGCCCAACAAUAUAUAUAUAUAUAACGUUGUCAUAUUAUAAACGCAUCUUGGUUUGUGACAUAUGCUUGUUAAGAUUUGCAAGUGUUUUGAUGACCAGCUCAACAAUGACAACACAUUACCCAGGGGGCAUUGGCAGGGAGAGAAAAAGGGGGUUUUAAAUUCCACCGUAGGGAGCACUUAGUUAAUGAACAAAGACAGGGAACACUGCAGCAGAUUUGGACAGGAGAGCCCCACAGGGAGCAGGGGCAGGGUCCCUUUUUAGACCCUGACUGUUUCACAGUUACCCCGCAGUGAGCGAUGGGCCGCUCGCCUCGCAACAAAACACACAGCUGUCCCUUCUGUUCGCCCUCACACAGUACACACAUGCUGCUGCUGUACGUGCACUUUACUGAGGACUGUUCCCUUCCACUGAAAGCCAGAAAUAAACCUCUAGUGUAGACUACAGGUGCGCACAAACACACACACACACACACACACACACACACACACACAUACAUGCAAGUGAUGCAAAAUGUGAUACACUGAGUGGAUAAUAGUUUAAAUGGGAUUUGUUAAUGGUACUACACAGUGUGGAUAAUAGCAUGCUUGUUUUAAUAGUCUUUUUUCACCUUUAGGUUAUUUCUUUUUUUCUUAUUUUGUUAUUCCUAAUACCGAGAAUUUUUUCUGUUUCAACUAAAACAUUUAUUGAAUGAGCGGACCUCUACUGUAAGUCUGAAAUGUUGUCUAAUUUUACUGUAAUCCACAAUAACUGUUCUAUUUAAUGUUUGUACCUUUUGUUUAUAUGACAUAUUACUUAUUUUCUUAAUAUUUUCUUUUUUUUGAAAACAAAACUUGAAUCUCAUAUUCUCCACUUGAGCUGGAUAGACGGGGAAGUCGUGGAAAGUGAAUAAUAAGUGUUUUCUCUUUUUUAUUUUGUUUCUUUAAGAAUAGAGUAUACAUAACAAGCAAAACGGUACCGUCAUGUUGAAUUCAAUCCACUCUGUCAGAUGUUAUGAUGAGAAAAAGCAAUGUUGGCAAUGUGAAAUGGCUUCAUGGUCGAUGCUGUCCCUCUAAUGUGCCUCUAUGUUGACAUAUAAUCCAGUUGCUUUAUAAGUAACUGGCUGUUUCUAUACAAGAAUGGAGAAGAAUUUACAGUGACAAGCUCUAUAUGUGUCUAAAACUUUAAUAAAGCUUAUCCAACUUA